GAGGUGCAGCUGCGGUAGUUGAGGAGCGGUAGACGUCAAGCAGAGGACAGGAGACUGGGCCGGAACAGUAGUAAGUGGACAGCAUAAAUGGCCCCGGUGCCUACGAAGUGAAGAAUGGGCUCCACGCUAUCGCAGCCAUGGCCAGAUCCACCAACAGAAGCGCUGAGGACGGGGACUCACGGGUAACCGCCCCCACGGAUCGCGGAGAGCCGCGGGACCUGGCCGAGCCCCGGGAACUGUCCCUGGAGGAGGUGCUGAAGUCCUACGAGCAGCCCAUCAACGAGGAGCAGGCAUGGGCGGUGUGCUACCAGUGCUGCAGCGGGUUGAGGGUGCCCCGCCCGCCGGCCGGGAGAGUCAGCCGGGUGAAGGACCCGUCCUCCAUCCUCCUGCACAGGGACGGAACCGUGUCACUGCAGCAGGAGCUUCACCACGAUGACACUGAUGGAUCUCCUCCUCCACCUGCUGCAGAGUGUCAGGUGGUCCAGUCACUGGGCGUGGCCAUCUACCGAGCUCUGGACUGGGGCCUGGAUGACAGCGAGGAGCGGGAGCUCGGCCCGCAGCUGGAGCACCUCAUCGAACGCAUGGCCGGAGGGGAGCAGGACGGAGAGGGCGUCCGCACCGCUGGAAACGGGACCACAGAUGAGGGGUACAGCGGCCAGGAAGAGGAGGAUGAGGAAGAGGAGGAGCAGGAGGGAGCCAUAAGGCCAGUGUGCACAUUCCGCCAGGUGAUGGCGCUGUGUGCGUCUCGGCUAGCCAACCCGAGCUUGGCUCCAGAGCACUACCAGGCUGUCUGCAGGGCUCUGUUCGUAGAGACUCUGGAGCUGCAGACUUUCCUCAUCAAGAUCAGAGAUGCAAAGGAGAUGCUGAAGAAGAUCACAACAGAAGAAACUCUGGAAGAUAGGUCCACAGCUGAGCUGGACGCACUGAAACACAGAGACUGGGCACGUCUGUGGGUGCAGCUGAUGAAGGAGCUCAGGCAGGGAGUGAAGCUGAAGAAGGUGCAGGAGCAGCCGUUCAACCUGCUGCCCACCGAGUUCAGCCUCACGCCCUUCGAGAUGCUGAUGCAGGACAUACGAACACGCAAGUUCCAGUUACGCAAAGUCAUGGUGGAUGGUGACAUUCCUACAAGGGUGAAGAGAAACGCCCACGAAUUGAUACUGGAUUUCAUCAGAUCAAGACCUCCACUUAAACCUGUUUCCGAGCGCAGCCUCCCCCCUCCUCCACCGCAGCAGCAGUCCCUCCAUGACCAGGUCCUGGCUGAGAUCAAGCAGGAGAGAAAGCUCCGGCCUGUUGUCCUGCCCAGCUCUAGACCAUUUGGCUCUCUGCCCUGCCUGGCUCAGACUUGUCCUUGUAAUGUCAAAUCCACUUCAUGCAUCGACCUGUCCGUGUCAGAGCCCGGGCCCCGGCAGCCGUCCCGCCCUCGCAUCCUGCUCAAGGCUCCGACUCUGGCCGAGAUGGAGGAGAUGAACAUAUCCGAGGAGGAGGAGUCCCCAGACAACGGGGACCUGAGGAGGGCAGAGAGCUCCCCCACGCCCCUGAAAAGAGAUCGCUCCUUCUCAGAACACGACCUGGCCCUGCUCCGUGCCGAGAUGCUCCCUUCACUCUCUGAGACGGCCCAGCUGGGCGGGGCGGUCCGGCUGAGGGGGGAGAGGCCGCGGUCCAGGACGCUGACCGGUGCUGGGCCGCCUCCAUAUCACAGAGCAUCUUUCCCAGUUCACGGCUGGGUGCCGUCCUCUCCGGCCCGCCUGUCUCUGAGUUCAGUCGACGAGACCACAGAGGGAUCAGAAACAACGUCUCGCUACAGAAGUGGAGACAAGCACCAGUGGAUGGAGGAGUUCAGCCACCCCGUGGAGAGUCUUGCCCUGACGGUGGAUGAGGUCAUCAACGUGCGCAGAGUGUUGGUCAAAGCAGAGAUGGAGAAGUUUCUCCAGAGCAAAGAGCUUUACAAUAACCUGAAGAAAGGCAAGGUAUGCUGCUGCUGCAGAGUGAAGUUCCCUCUCUUUUCGUGGCCAUCUACCUGCUUACUGUGUAAAAGAUCUGUCUGUGGCUCCUGCAGUGCAAAGAUGAAGAUUCCUUCAAAGAAGAUGGCCCAUAUUCCUGUGUACACUAUUGGCUUCCACAGUACUCCAAAGAGCCAUGGACACAAAAGCCAAGUCUAUAAGUCCCUGCGUAGCUUAUCCCGACGCUCAGUGGAGGAGGAGUUCCCCCACCUCUACGCCCACGGCUGCACACUACGUGACAUCUGCGCCGAAUGCACCAAAUUCGUCGCCGACGUCAUUUCCUCCAGCCGCCGGAGUCUGGACAUCCUCAACAACACACCCAAGAGGGAGGCCAGAGCUGCUGCCGCCACCCCUCAGAGACCGCCGCUGCAACGUCAAUCAAACCUUGAGACUUGCCCUCAAACACACCCUCCCCAGCCUCACCCUCAGUGCCACCCUCCACCCUCCCCACAGCCACAGUGUCACCCCUCCCUCCCUCAACAACAGCAGCAGCGGCUUCACACGUCAUCGCCAUCUCUUUCGCCCCAGUUCCGCAAGACCAUCAACAAUGUGAACCAAUGAGUAGAUUGACUUUUUUUUUUUUAUCCCUUUCUGCCCACACACACUUCUUAAAGAGUCUGCACUGUGCACACACACAUGGACACACACACAGACAGAUGCACACUCAAGAGUGAAGUUCUUUAAGGGUUUUAAUGGUUACAUGCAGUGAUUACUCAAAUAGCCAUCAGAUCAGUUCAAGGUACAGUCAUGGGAAAAAUGACGAGACCACCCUUGUUUUCUUCAAUUUCUUGUUCAUUUUAAUGCCGGGUACAAUUAAAGACACAUUUGUUUGGACAAAUAUAAUGAUAGCAACAAAAAUAGCUCAUGAGAGUUUCAUUUAAGAGCUGAUAUCUAAAGUCAAAGCUUUAUUGUCAAUUUCUUCACAUGUAGCAGACAUACAAAGGAAUCAAAAUUAUGUUUCUUACUAUCCCACAGUGAACACGAGACAAUACAUUUCUAACACUUAAAGUAACAGUAAAGUGCACAGCACAAAAUAAUAGAGACAAACUUAUCCUAACACUAAAGAAGACAAUAAAUAAAGUGCACAGCAGAUGAAGACAUUUAAAAAUAAACAAAAAAGAGAAGGGAAUCUGAGGUCACAGUGUAGGAAUAGCAGUAUAUAUAAGUUUUUAAGUUGUAAUCGUGCAAUACAGUCAAUCAAUAUUAGCAGCAAUUUUUUAACAUAAGUGUGCAAAUGGCUAUGUCAUUUUUGGGAGGGUUUUUUUUUUUUUUUUUUUAGCUUCCUGACAGCCUGGUAGAUGGAGCUGUUGCUGCGUCUGGUGGUGUCUAUCUAGCCAUUUUCCAUGGUUUUCUUGAUAAUAACCAAAAUCAUUAUCAAGAAAACCAUGGGAAAUGGUUAUAAUAACCAAAAAAACAAAAUUAUUGCCAAGAAAACCAUGGAAAAUGGCUAGAUAUCAGCUCUUAAAUUUAAGUCUUAUGAGCUAUUUUUGUUGUUAUCAUUAUAUUUGUCCAAACAAAUGUACCUUUAGUUGUACCAGGCAUUAAAAUAAACAAGAAAUUGAAGAAAACAAAGGUGGUCUAAUCAUUUUUUCCAUGACUGUAUGAAUACAUAAUCCAGUGAGGGUCCUUUAAAUAUUAUUGGGUUGGAGCAUUAAAUGCGUUAUUUAACGAUUAUGCUAUGAUAUAUAAAGCUAAAAAAAGUUUCCCGGAGCUGUAUAGAACCCUUGUGACUAUAAACCACCACCACCUCACCCAUCAUCCAGGUCCCAAAUACAUUAUCUUACGUGUCUCAACAUCUCACACACGGAGACUCAAAGGUUUGAGUAAAAAGCCGUUUCUGUCUGUAUCUGCCUUAUCUACAGCACCAUGACUUCACUCCCUGUUGCUCACAGCUGCCGGGUAGCUUAUUAGAGGAGAGGGGCAGAUGAGGAAAGUCCUGGUGGUUGUAAGAGUACACACUGUGAGGAAGAAGGUGGAGAUGGUGGUCGUUUGAGGAGGACAAAAUCAGCAGCAGCAUAGAGUCGAUAUGUAACCCUAGCGUUUUAGCUCUCUGUGGUUGCCUUGUUUUUGUCAUGAAUGUAAUUUAGGACACAGAAAAACAGAAUUGUAAAACGAUAAGCUUGUACACAGCAUAGUAAAAAAAAUAUUUUAAAUAAUCCGAAAAGGGAUUUGUUACGAGUUGGCUGCUGCAUAAACGAGGCCUAUUUUAGCAUUUUAGACGUGCUUGUAAAGUCCCAGGUACGGCUGGAUGAGGCACGAUAGCGGCGACACUGUGAAUGUAUCGGGACGAAGCUGCAGACUGCACCUUUAACUGACGCAGCAUGACGAUGUUGAUGUGAAGCGAGCAGAUGAAACUCCCGCCUCUCUCACUCCCCAUGGACGCUUGCAAUCUGCUCUGGUUUUGUAAACACUAAGUAAACCUCAACUGCAAUAAAAUCUAACGAGAAACACGA